UCUCUCUCUCUCUCUCUCUCUCUCUCUCCCCUCCCCCUCCCCCUCCCUUUUCUUUGUUUUCACUCAUUCCCCAAAUUCAUGCCAUAAUUUUAGGAUCCCUUUGCAGUAACACCAACCUCACUUCCUUUGCUCACUCAUUCACUGGUUUUAUGCUCCACGUCCUUCUCUCUUCUUUCCAGUUUCAUUUGUUGAACUUGUAACUUUGAUAAACACCGGUCAAAACUUUAUCAUUGGACCAUUCAGAGCUGGGAUAUAGAGGGAUUUGCCAUGGUUGCACCUAUGGUUCUUUCUCAUCGGCAUUCACAUUUUCUUGAUUGGUAAACUUCCGUCAAAGAGUGAGUUGAUAGAAGUUGUUUGGUUCUGAGAAGCAAUGGCGGAACGGAAAUUGAAUUUAAAUGCACCGCUCCUAUCAGUGAGGCGAAUUUCUAACAUAGCAACAACUUCAGAUGGAGCAAAAACUAAGAAACUUGAGAAUUCCCGGCUCAAUAGACGCCAUGCUCUUCCUCCAUACAAACCAGACACAAGUUUGGAUCAAGUGACUGAACCUGUUGCAGUUCCUUUCCACUGGGAACAGAUCCCUGGUAGAGCAAAGGAUAAUUCUAUGGAGCCACCUAAAGUUGCCGAGGAUGCUUCUGUUACUCCAAAGGUUCCUCCUAGAAGGUCGUUGGAUAUUGUAAGGCACCAUAAGGGAAAACGUGAGCCUAAAGUCCCCAAGGAGGCUUCUGUUAAGCCACUUAUUUCUUCCAGAAGGGUGUUGGAUGUUGUAAAGCACCAGAAGGAAAAGCCAGAGCCUAAAGUCCCCAAGCAGGCUUCUGUUACUCAAAGGAAUCCUCCGAGAAAGGUGUUGGAUCUUGCAAAGCACCAGAAGGAAAAGAAAUCCAACGAUCAAAGUUUGUCUAGGCCCAAAGCUGAAGCAAAUUCUUUCAACAAGAACGUAAGAAAGUUAGAUUACUCUAGAGAGGGACCAAAUGAGAAAUCGGGUUUGAAUUCAGAUGAUGAUGAUGUUUACUCUGAUGCACUUGACGCUUUGUCCCCAACAGAUUCAAUCUCCAUGAACUGUAGUGCAAGUGGUGUGAGUGGCUUUGAUGUUCCGGUUGUGAAGCCAUCAGGAACCUUUUCCAAGGAUCAACAAACACGAGAUUUCAUGAUGAAUCGCUUCUUACCUGCGGCCAAGGCAAUGGCUUUGGAGCCAGCUCAUUAUGCUUCAAGAAAGCAACCUGUGGUAGUUGAACAAUUAAGACCAAUUACGAAGGUGGUUCAUGGGAAUAGGACACCUCCUCCCAGUAAAUCUCAGUCAAUAAUUAUCUCAAAUUAUGGCCAGGAUAUUGAAGAGAAAGAAAGUGAAGAUGAAUAUGAUGGGUAUGAAGGUUCUGGGAAUAUAUCAACUAAAGCUUGUGGUUGGUUUCCUCGCUUAUGCUUUAAGAAUUCAUUGGGUCUCCUAAAUCCCAUUCCUGGAUUGAAACUUAGGACUCAGGCUUCCAUGUCUUCUACCAAUGAUGUUGAAAAACUGAGCAGAGCUUCUCCGAACAGAUCUGUUAGUCAAAUCGUGAAAAAGCACUUAAAAGAUGCUGCUAAUAAGCUAAAGCAAGAUAGCGGAGGGCAAUCACCUAGGCUGCCGGAGGUUGAGAACAAGCUGUCCUGUGCAUCUAAUCGGUUCAUCUAUGCAAGUGAUCGGCAAACAAUUAGUCGGACAUCUCCUUUUAGGCGCUCAGCUGGUACAUCUCCUUUCAGACGCUCAGGGUGCGUAUCUCCUUAUCGCAAUGAAGCGCCUCAAUCUCCCUUCCGUGGCAGGGGAUUUCUAGGCAUUCCUAAAGAGGCUGAGGAUUUGAGAGCCAGUAGGUUGAAUUUGUACAAAGGCAUUAGCAAGUCUCAGGAACUAUCAUCCUACUAUGGUGCUAAACGAGGGUCUCGCCCAGCAAGCCCUGUUGUUGAGAAGACACUGUAUGUAGAUACUGUACAUAAGGCAGGAAUAUUGUUCCCAGAUUCACGUUCUUCAAAUAUCAAAAAGUAUGUGGACUCCGAAAAAAGGGACUUUAAGACACCCUUGAAAAGCAGAGAAAUGAAAAAAGCAGCUGGUGAAGAGUCUUCUUUCCAAGAUGCAGAAUUCCUGAAUUUUCUGAAAGCAGAGAGUGAACUGGAAAAUAAAGUCUCGUUGUCUGCGGAUGCUGAUUCAGCUUCUCUUUCAGACAAACCAGACUUGAUGGAGGACUAUGCUAAAGCUUUAGUGUGUAUAAGUGCAACUACUGAAGAAAAUGUAAAUAUUGAUGGUGAUCAGAUUUCAAAAGAAGAUGGUACAGGAAAUGUGAAAAACAGUUUGGUACAAUCUCCUCUUGCCCCAAUUCUACCGAAAUCACCGUCGGAAUCUUGGCUUUGGCGAACCCUGCCUUCAUUCUCGUCACAAAAUUCACUUUCACAUCUGCAUCGGGGAACCAGUUUUCAGAGCAAAUGGCAGGAUACUAAUACGCCCUCUACUAAUACCAAAUGGGAAACCAUUGUUAAAUCAUCCUAUUUGCAUCACGAUCAUGUACGCUAUUCUGAGGAAUUAAUCCCUCACGCUUCUAAACACUCCAAAAGUUAGAGAUGCAGAGCUCUUUCCAAAUUCUUAACAGCAAUUGUUUUGUUUGGAUAUUUUGCCCUCGGAUAUGAUCAAAGGCAAUUUAAAUCUUCCAGUCUACAUUUUUUUUGUGAGAUCAUGCUCUGAUUAUUCAAUCCUCCUAUAGUAGGUAGAUGGAAUUCAGCAGUCAGUUUUGUUGAAAUUUCCAAGUUUUCUUAACCCUCCCUGUGAUGUGCCUCCUCGCAUUCAUACAGGGGUGAGGUGAUUGGCCAAUAAGCCAUUAUAUUCCUUGUAUUGGUGGCUUACAGUUUAAGCUACUGUUUUGCUUUUAUUUUCGGAUUCUGUUGAUCCCUGUGUUUAUAGAAAUCAGUAACUCAUUAUGGUGAUGAAUGAAAUUACACGUUUGAUUGUGAUGA